ACAGUACAGACGGUAAACAAACCCGUGUCAUGCACACAUCAAGCUCCGGAGGUAACAAGUAAUUCUGAUAUGGGGCGCAACGCUAUUACUACUAUUGCUAUUGGAUUUAGUUGCUUGUUAGGUGCUACGUAUUAUGCUCAAACUGACCUGUCAACGUUUAUGCAUAAUGCACUAAAUGUUGUUGGGAUAUCACAAGAUAAUGUGAGAAGUGUUUUGACCUUUCUGCAUAUCAUCGACAACCAGUCAAGUAAAGAUGCCAAAUCAGACCUAAAACUAGAUGAAAGUGCCAUACUUCUGACCUCAGAGCAAUUAAAAGAAUUCGACGGAGGUCCAGAUAGCAAAGGGUUGUACUUAGCGAUCUUAGGGGAAGUGUUUGAUGUUGAAAAAGGUGCGCAGCAUUACAGGCCUGGCGGUGGAUAUUCGUUUUUCACCGGUCGUGACGCUUCUAGAGCCUACAUAACUGGAGAUUUUAGUGAAAAUGGAUUAAUUGACGAUUUAAGUGGCCUUGAAGCCUCAUCUUUGUCCAGCAUAGAAGAUUGGCUUUCGUUUUACAGAGAGGAAUACAAACCAGUUGGCAAAGUCAUAGGCCGGUAUUAUGACAAAAAUGGAGCUGCUACAGAAGAGCUCCUGCAGGUAAAAGAAAAAAUUGCUAAAACAAAAAAGAACAGGUGGGUUGAAGAUCAAGAUAAGGAGUUUUUUCCACCCUGCAAUUCUGAAUGGAGUAAAGAGAAAGGCAGCAAAGUUUGGUGCACCAAGAAGAGUGGUGGCAUUGAUCGUGAAUGGAUUGGAGUCCCGAGGGAAUUACACAAGAAAGGCAAGGAUCCAAGAUGUGUGUGUGUCAAAAAUUUCGGCCCACCAUCUGGAGCAUCUGCUGACACUAAGAGUUCUGAUCGAGGAGACCUCGAUCAUCCCGACUUGAAAGAAUAUCCUGGGUGCCUCCCAACCUCUGACACUUGCAAAGUGAAUCAUCCAUAAGGUCCUGUUUGUGCCUUCACAGUAAACUGCAGCCAAUGGGAAGUUUUAGAAAUUCGUCAAUCUUUAUAUUUAAUUAAAAUUUUUUGUUAUCACACCCUGAUUUUCUCAUAAAACAGUGAAAUUCUGAUUUUAAAUUGCUCGUUUCAUACAUUAUCCUGCUUAGGACAUCAUUUUCUGUUGGUCCAUAAAAGUUGUUACUGCGGCAAUGUUAAAAUAUUCCAGAUUUUACGUUACCUUUUUUCAGGGGGGGGGGUGAUAAGUAAUCUUCCCUGGAAGUGAUUUUUGGCAACGGUCUUGCUUCUGUGAUCUGAUUUCCAAUAUUCAGUUGUAUCUAAAUCAGUAUUUUAUUUUAUACAUCACUUGAUUUUACAGAAUUAUUUUAGCUAAUUAAUGCCCUAAUUUUUGAGUGAGCAAGAAAUAAUUGUCAAUAAAUUAUUCUUCAUCUCAUUUGAACUUGUGAUACAAUGAGUUAAACAUUUUAUCAUUGUAUAGUUACUUUACAUUAAAAAAAAGUUUAAAUUCAGUUGUGCUAUUGAAGCAGCUUAGUUAAUAAGAUGGAAUUUACAAUACCUUCUGAGCUUUAUUUUGAAAUUCAAAUGCGCUUCAUCCAUAUAAAUAUAUACACACAUACAGGGUUUAACAAAUCCCAGGUGACAAAAAAAAAAAAAAAAAAACUUCGCUACUGGUUCUUGCAGAAACCAUGUUCUAUUGAAUUUUCCUAUAAACUCUGAGAAAUAAUUCGUCUGCUGCCUAACUUUUUUCCUGUUAAAUAUAUAUAUAUAUUUAUAUAAUUUCUAAAUGCACACAGUUUAUUAUAUGCUGAAUAAAGUCUACUUCUAUGCAAGGCAAUGAACUCAGGUUGUUUCAAAUUGAUGAUAUACAACUUGUGUUGAUCUUGUGGAUGUGAAAUUGCCCAAAGUGAGCAUGCUAACUUUGCCACAAUUGAAGAUAAAUAACUAUCUUCUACUAGUGCCUUCAUGAAUUUUUAUCACAUCAAGCUUUAAUGUCCUUGCAUUUUAUUUGCAAUUCUAUACUUAACACUAAGGGUGGGCCCUUUUUAAAAUUUAUUGAUAAGUCAAGAGAAGAAAAACAUGCAUAUUUGUAAAAUGCAAAUGUCUGGACUAUUUAAUUAAAUCAUUAGCAAUUUACUGUAUGACUAUUUAAACAAUUUUGCAGCAUUUAUGUGUUUUAAUUUUCAUGUUUCUCUUUUCAAAUUCUAUUAAAUAUAUACUGACCAAAUUUACAAAAAAGAAAAAAAAAUCACAUAAUGAAUAAAAAUGUCGAGUUGUAAGAAAGGCUUUAAGUAACAUAAUGGUCACUUUGUCCUGCACAUGACGUUUCAUAUAUUUCAUUAAAAACAAUACUUUGAAAUAUUAACAAAUUUUUUCUGCUUAACAAAUUACAAACUUAUAUGUGAUAUCCUAGCAAAAAUUUUGUCAUUAUCCUUUAACAUUAUUACUUUUUAAUGAAAUAUAUGAACCGUCACAUGCAGGACAAGCGAUUUACUUUUUCGUGGAAUGGCCCUAUUGCAUAAAUUUAGAUGCAAAAAUAAACUUAAUUUUUAACCUUAUUUCAUUGGUGCUUAAAUUUACUAAAAAUUUUUUUUUUGUACUCUGGAUGAUAUUAUGUCAUGUUCAUGUACCUUUUUUGUGAAACAUUAAUAUUUGUAUAAAAAAAUAAUAAAUCAUAAAGUUUGUGAUUUCGUUAGAAAAAAUAUUUGGUAGAGAAUUUUCAAAAAUAAGGAUUUUAUUUUGUAACAGGAUGUAACAGAAGAGCUGUUUUCCCACAAUCAGCCCAGCCGGUGGAAGCACUGAGCUUAACAUAUAAACAAUGCCAUAAGAUCAUAUCAUGAACCGAAUAUUUGAUUAUCGUUGAAUAAAAAUAAUUUCACAUGUUUGUUUAAAGGCUGUAAGAUGAUUUUUGUUUUGCUAAGUUUUUGAUUUUUCUUGAAAUCAAUAAUUAAAUGAUGAUAUAGGUUCAUUCCACG